ACACGCUGAGAGCUCUUACUGUAGAGAGGACUGUUUCACUGAGUUUUACGGUUCAGGAGCGACAACUACUGCAACGAUGGUCGAUGCUUUCUGCGCUACAUGGAAACUGGUCGACAGCAAGAACUUUGAUGACUACAUGAAGGCUCUUAACGUUGGGUUUGCCACGCGACAGAUAGGUUUGACAACCAAACCCUCAGUCCAGAUCAGCCAGGAUGGGGACAAAGUGGUGGUGAAAACCACGAGCACCUUUAAGAACACUGUGCUCUCCUCCAAACUGGGAGAGGAGUUUGAUGAGACCACGCCUGAUGACAGACAUGUCAAAUCCACCUUCACCAUGGAAGGAGACACAUUUGUACACACGCAGAGGUGGGAUGGCAAGGAGAGCAGAUUUGUCAGAGAAAUCAAGGAUGGGAAGAUGGUGAUGACUUUGACUUUUGAGGGAGUCCAGGCGAUUCGCACAUAUGAGAAAGUCUAACUCAACUAUGACUGAGCAAAUCAUACUGCACUGUGAGCAAUCAACAAGUUGUUCCUCUUUCUUUUAUAGCAAAAAUAUUUUUGCAGUGAUUUGCACUUGAUUUUGUUGACUAUUUUGUAAGAUCUUUUGUAAGAAAUUCAGAAUGUGAAGGGCUAAAACUCAUUCUGUGUAUCAGAUGUGAAAAAGGGAAAAUAAACAGCCUAAAUCAACUUUC